AUGUACUCAUUCUCCGUCGUCGAUUUUACUCGAUUAGUCUAUUCGACUCGCCCCGUUGGGCCUGCAAACACUUUGGAGUACAGAGUGUUUGUCGAGCAGAAUGGCCAGGUCGUGUCGCCCUUCCACGACAUUCCACUCUUCGCAGACAGGAACAAUGGCAUCCUCAACAUGGUUGUCGAGGUUCCCCGCUGGACGAACGCCAAGAUGGAAAUCUCCAAAGAGGAACCGUUCAAUCCAAUCAAGCAAGACAUCAAGCGGGGAAAACUGAGAUAUGUCAGAAACUGUUUUCCGCACCAUGGCUAUAUCUGGAACUAUGGCGCCUUUCCCCAGACCUGGGAAGACCCACAACAGGUGCAUGCAGAGACCAAGGCGCAUGGUGACAACGAUCCGCUCGACGUAUGCGAGAUUGGCGAACAGCUCGGCUACACGGGUCAAGUCAAGCAAGUAAAGGUCCUCGGCAUCAUGGCUCUCCUCGACGAGGGCGAGACCGACUGGAAGGUUAUCGUCGUCGACGUAAACGACCCGCUCGCGCCAAAGCUCAAUGACAUUGAAGACGUCGAACGUCACUUGCCCGGUCUCAUUCGUGCUACCAACGAGUGGUUCAGAAUCUACAAGAUUCCCGAUGGAAAGCCAGAGAAUACAUUCGCAUUCUCCGGAGAGGCAAAGAACAAGAAGUAUGCAACGGAGAUUAUCCAUGAGUGUCACGAAGCCUGGCGCAAACUCGUCGUCACGGGCGAGUCGCCCGCAAAGACCCAGAACUACGAGAUCUCCACUCUGAACGUGACCAUCCCCGAGACGGCGGGCUACACCAGGCCAGAAUAUCCUGUCUACGCCGCCCUUCCCAACGCCACGCGUGAUCCGCCAAAGCCUAUUGACCCAUCUAUCUCCAAGUGGUUCUUCAUCUCUUCCGCCCAAGUAUAG